ACACGUUCUGAUUAAUCCCGGAAAAGGAAAACUAGGAAAAUGUAAAAAAGGAAGAAAAUAAAAAAGUGGGAUUUGCAUUCCAAGUUUGGCCUUGGCCAUGGCCUUAGGGAUUAGCUUGGCCUGUUGCCUGCUAUUGCCAUAUAUAACUCUCAAGGCACCAAGAAAACGCUCUAAAAUUAGCCCAUCCACAGUCCACCUCUUGGUUCAUCUUCCAUAUCUCUCACACACAAGACAACACAAAGCUUUUCGUCUCCUGAAUUGAGGUGUGUUUUGCAUAUAUGAUUUGCUGUUUCACAAGAUUGUAAAGGAUGAUAUGUACACAAUAGUUCUGGUGAUUUCCAAGGCCAAGCAAACCUUGAAGCACUGCUGCUGAUUAAGAAGAUAUACACAUGGAGAUAACAGCUUAUAAGCCUUAUAUCGAUGCAGAGUUUGAAUCCCUCAUGGAAAGAAUUUAUCCUCCAAGAGUUUGCGUAGACAAUGAAACAUACCAAGAUUGCACUCUUAUUAAGGUUGACAGUGCAAACAAGCAGGGGAUUCUAUUAGAGAUGGUCCAAGUCUUGACAGAUCUUGACCUUGUUAUAUCCAAAUCAUAUAUUUCCUCUGAUGGGGGAUGGUUCAUGGAAGUGUUCCACGUGACUGACCAGCUUGGGAGCAAACUCACUGACGAUAGCCUCAUACUUUACAUUCAGCAGGCACUGUGUGUAGAUAGAAGAAGAGGGGUAUCGAAGUUAUCGCAAACUUCUCUCCACAGAGAAGUUAGGCCACCAUACGCGUCAACAGAUCACACGGCCAUGGAGAUAAUUGGGACUGAUCGACCAGGUCUGCUCUCCGAAAUAUCAGCGGUGCUUUCCAAGUUGGAGUGCCAUGUCACGGCUUCCGCGGUAUGGACCCACAAUAAGAGAGCAGCUUCCAUAAUCUACAUGGAAGAUGGGUUCCAAGGAGGACCCAUCACAGAUCCAAAGAGACUAGCACAUGUGCAAGAGCAGUUGGAGAAUGUUGUGGAGGCUCAUCAUGGGGUGGGGGAGAGGAGGAGCGUGCGACUGACGGCUCCAGCACCAGGAAAAAAGACCCACACGGGGCGGAGGCUCCACCAGUUGAUGUACGCCAACAUGGACUACGAACCAUGUCAGGGAUGCAAUGGAGGGGGUUUAGCACAUAGAAAUAACUGUACUAAAAUUCAUGUAUCUAUUGAUUCUUGUAAGGAGAAGGGGUACUCUGUGGUGAAUGUCAGGAGUAGAGACAGGCCCAAACUCUUGUUUGAUACACUCUGCGCUCUAACUGAUAUGCAGUAUGUUGUGUUCCAUGCUGCGAUUAGCGCUAAGGGAACCAUGGCCGAUCAGGAGUACUUCAUUCGGCAGCAGGAUGGGUGUACUUUGGACACAGAGAGCGAAAGGCAUAAACUAACCCAAUGCUUGAUUGCUGCCAUUGAGCGCAGAGUAUCCCAUGGAGUGAGGCUGGACAUUUGCACUCACAACCGAAUGGGACUCCUCUCGAAUGUGACACGGGCGUUCCGAGAGAACGGGCUAUCAAUAUCAAGGGCUGAGAUUGGAACAAAUGGUGAUAGGGCAGUUGGUUCCUUCUAUGUUACUGAUGCUUCAGGAUGCGAAGCAGAUCCACAAGCAAUAGAUGAGGUAAAAAAAGAGAUGGGAGGAUCUGUUGUGGUAGUUAACAAAUCACCAGGCUGGACACCAAAAACCUCCAAAACUCCCUUGGCAGGUAGUAUUAGCAGAUAUAGCAGCGGCAGCAUAGAUGAAGAAAAGCCACGGCUCUCUCCAGGAAGCCUAUUUUGGUCACAGCUUAAGAGGCUUUCAAGCAAUUUCAGCUCCAUAAGAUCAUGAGUAUUUUAUCUUCCUAGCUCAGUAGCAUCCACUGGAAUGAUCAAUCAUGAGCAUAUAGCAUUUACCUCCAAGCAAUCGAAGGAAUUAUUCUUAGUAAACAUCUCGUCACUUCUAUUUUCCAGGUUGCAAUAUCUCAGAAUUGUUCUCAAAUUCAAUUGUUUCUAGAGUAAAUUAUACGUUAGCCCCAUCUCUUUAGUAAAAUCAAUGAGCUUGUCUCUUUAAUAUAACUUAACCAUUGCCCCACGCAUGAACGCUCUCCAUGGCAAGAUUAAAAUCAAAUCCACGCAUUGUCUUGCACAGUUUUCUCCGGAUCAACAGUGUUGCAUGGACAUUCAAGUCAUCUGUUUGUAUAAUUGCAUGAAUAGACUGCAUACUGUAGGUAACACUCUUCUGAUUUUAAUACCUCCCACGCCAACUCCAAGCAAAAUUAUUCCAAAUUCUUGAAAUGACCAUCUAAUUUCAGUUUGCAAAAACUAGGACAGCAAUCCAUUACCUGUUAUGCUGGCUAACAGAAAAUUAUUCCAAAUUCUAUGAAAAUAUAAUUGGGAUGUGCUUUUUCGGGACGUCUCCUUUUCUUUCUGUUAUCUUGAUGCAAUUUACUAUUCAGAGUAACAGUUAUGAAUUCAGCUACCACAUUGCCAACCUCAUCUAUCUCCACAUCAAAGCAAGAUCGCGUGUUGCAUCGGAAUGUGUUAAAUUAUUACAUAAAUACAUAUUUCAUGCAAAUAUGAUAAUCCAAUUUACAUUGGAAUUAUUUACAUUGGAAUAUAAAGUUACACAGCCCAACUCGGUCUGAAGAAACCACAUGCAAGAUAUUCACAAUAAGGAAAU